ACUGAUAAUAUAAAAUUGUCAUCUGCUGAUUUUCUGAGAGCACUGAAAGUUGCAAGAGCACACAGAAACGAAGAGAAGAAAGGGGAAAAAAAUGGCGUCAUCGCGUCCCCCUCCGUCGAAGUCAGUGGAUGUGGACCUGACGAUCGUGUCGGGGAAGCACCUCAAAAACGUGAACUGGAAAAACGGCGAUCUCAAACCCUACGUCGUUUUCUGGGUAGACCCCGAUCGGCGGCUGGCCACAAAAUCCGACGACUCAGGCUCAACCUCCCCCGUCUGGAACGAGCGUUUCACUCUCCCUCUCCCUCUCCCACUCCACGACUCCUUCCUCACCCUCGAAAUCUUCCAUUCCAAACCCUCCGACACCCCCAAACCCCUCGUCGGCACCCUCCGUCUCCACCUCAAAGACCUCCCUGACCUCCACGACUCCUCCUCCCUCCGCAAAUUCACCCUCUCUCGCCCCUCCGGUCGACCUCAGGGCAAGAUCCACCUCAAACUCGGCCUCCUCCCUCGCCCCCAAUCCUUCGAUUACGUCUCCUUCAACCCUAACCCUAACCCUAAUACUAACCCUAACCCUAAUCCUCAAUUCGUAUGCUACAGAGGCUUCUCUCCUUCCCCUUCUCCUCCACCCUCGCCUUACACUUCUUACCCCGAUUCUUACUCUGCUUACUAUUCUGCUUACUAUUCCGGUGCGCCGCCUCCUCCUCCUCCUCCAAGGCCUUUCUUUGACCGCCCCGUUUCUUAUUCUGGGCCCACUGGGCCAUCCGCCCCGCUUGACUAUUCCUCCUCCUACGACCCCAAGCCCAAGGCUCCCAAAGUCGGCCUGGGUACUGGCCUCGCUGUUGGUGCUGUUGCUGGAGCUCUUGGCGGGCUUGCUCUGGAAGAGGGGCUUAAAUAUGAAGAGGACAAAAUCGCGGAGAGGGUCGAGAACGACGUCGAUGUUGGGCGAGAGGAUUACCGCGAUUACUGCGUAGAUUAUUGAACUCUUCGAUGCUAGGUUUGAAAUUCCAAGGCUUGUUUCAUUCACUCUAAUGUUAUUCGGGUAUAUAUAUUUAUAUGAGUAUAAGUAUAUGUAUGUAUAUAGUUCAACUUGGUGUUGGAUCGAUGAAUGCAUCGGUGCUGCUUUAUUUGCUGAUCGAUAAAGGAAGUAGUGAAGGUUUUCUUUUGUAAUGUUUGGUAAUGAUCUUGCGGCUCUUCAUAUUAAAAUGAAAUAAAGUUCGUUUUACUGCUGGUGUGUUCAUUCGAAUGCUGCUACUUACUAGCGCGAAUUCACACUCGAUAGUUUUGUUCACAGCUUCUAAUUUGGGACAGGUCUUAUGAUCUCUUUUCAUUUGUUUCUGAUUUCGUCGGUGUUGUCUGAUUCUUGGUCUUUUAGUGUUAUGUUUCAUUGAUUGGCUUGCCAAUACAAAUGUAUGUAUGUUGCCUUUCCAUUAAUGAACCUAGUCCG